UCGGUGCAUGGUGAGCGGGUGAGCGCAGAGAAGUUCACCAGUUACUAACGUGAUGACAGCUGACCGUAUACUGACCCAAAACCUGCCCCACCGCGACACUUUUUUUUACCAGCAUGUUUUCUCGACCACUGCGAUAAAUCUACGGAUCAUGUCAACGCACUGAAGCCGCAGGAAGUUUAUUUUUGAGCUCUCUUAAAGUAGCCCCUACAGCUCAAAAACGCAACUCCUCCGCGACCACAUCAUCACCAAACUCCAAACGCAAAAAGUUGGAUUUCUUGUUCAACUGGAUUUAACGGAUUUCCAUUUGGAGAUGGUCUGAAGGUGAUGAGGUAUGGAGGCUGGGUCAGUGGUGCGCGCUGUGUUUGACUUCCUGCCCAGUGUCUCGGAGGAGCUGCCCCUCUUCAGUGGCGAUGUCAUUGAGGUGCUUGGUAUUGUUGACGAGUUCUGGUUGCUUGGAAACAAAGAUGGCGUCACAGGUCAGUUUCCCAUCACCUUUGUGGAGGAGGUCACUAUACCCAGCGCUAAGCCUGAAGACCGACUGUACGUGUGUAUCAGUGACUUUAGCUCAGCGGAACCUGGAAACCUGUCCCUGAAAAAAGGUGAUGUGGUGGUCAAGGAGACAGGAGGCUCUAUGGAUCUGAGUGAAUCGUGGCAGCGUGGACGAAAUGCCUGGGGGGUCCGCGGUCUCUUUCCCUCUUCAUGUGUGACAGAGCUGAACCUGUCCUGUCGCUCACGGUUACUGUCUGAGCGCUCUCUCCAGUCUUCAGAGCUGCCUCCCUAUGCUCUGGGACAGGCUAGAGCCCUUAUGAACCUCCACGCUCAGCUCAAUGAGGAACUAGACUUUCGAGAAGGGGACUUGAUUAUUAUUACUGGCAUUCCUGAGCCGGGCUGGUUUGAAGGCGAGUUAAAUGGGUGCAGAGGGAUAUUUCCAGAAGGAUUUGUUGAACUGUUGAAUCCACUUUGCUCCCCGCACGUACCUAUAGACUGCCCCUAUUUAAGUAAUGAUUGUGAUAUUAACUAUGAGGAUGAUAUGGGAGAAGGGACUGACGAGGAGGUGGUGCAUGAAACAGAAGCUUUUGAACACGAAGAGCAAAAAGACAGUGUUAUUGAAGAAACUGAGGAAGAGGAUGAAGACGGUGCUGUUUAUGGUGUAGCACUGUACGAAUUUAGAGCUAUGGAACCGGGUGAGCUGGACUUUGAUGUAGGUGAUCGUAUUCGGAUUUUGAGCACUUUGGAAGAUGGGUGGCUAGAGGGAAAGCUAAAAGGACAGCAAGGAAUUUUCCCCCAUCGUUUUGUUAAACUAGAAGGCGCACAUCAGGUGAAAACACAAGAAGAAAGUCAUGAAAUCCAAAUGAAGGAGGAGGAGGAGAGAAGGAGAACAGCUAUCCUUCAGAUGAUAGCUCAUCUCAUGUUACAACUAAUGAGUGGAGAAGCUUUGAGGACAACACUGUUUGGGAUUUGGAUUAUUUUGAGGAGCAGAGAUGGCAAAGUGAACAGAAAAGUGCAGCUAAUCAAUCUUACAACAGUGGGGAGAGAGAAAGGAGUAAUAAGUGGGAUCAACAAACUUCUAGACCAGGACGAAGACCACCAGAGAGGCCAAGAUCCGCCCCGCCACCUAGACCAAAACUCCCACCAAGGCUCAACCAACCCGCACAAAAUAAUAAGCACUUCAAUGAUAGUAACACAACUAGAUCUAAUCAUACAAAUAAUAACAGACAUCUGAAA